GAAACUUGAAGCCAUUUGAAAUCUUUGCAAGGCAAAAUUUUCUCUUGCUGGGAAAAAAAGAGCGGAGUCACUUGGAGGGAUCAGAGUCCUGAGGCGCCAGAAAUGGUCCCGUGAAGGAAAAGGCAUCUGGAGACCCAGAAGAGUCCUUGGAGCCAUUUGGAGUUGCUGUGCAGGAGAGAGAAAGGAUGGAGACACAACCUUUGGGAAAGGAGGGAGCCGGAAAAGGCCCUUCAGCUGCUCAGCCUGGGAAGCUCUGGACAAGGACUGGGCAGGAGAUCCUGGAGGAGGAAACCAUCCUCCCUUCAGAAGUUCAGCCCUGGAGCUUCAUCCAAUGCCAGGAGGCUGAGGGUCCCCGAGGACUUUGCAGCCGACUCCAUGACUUUUGCAGGCGAUGGCUGAGAUCAGAAAAGCACACCAAAGCCCAGAUGUUGGACCUGGUGGUUCUGGAGCAGUUCCUGGCUCUUCUUCCCCCAGAGAUGGAGGGCUGGGUGAGGGAGUGUGGAGCAGAGACCAGCUCCCAGGCGGUGGCCCUGGUGGAAGGCUUCCUCUUGAGCCAGGCAGAGGAACAGAAGGAGCAGGUCGAGAUGCAGUGCUGCACUGUGGAGAUCAGAGAUCCUGAGGGAAAGAAGAAACCAUCAAACUCCCAUCAGGAGCUAUUUUUUAGGAGGAUCCCUUGGGAGGAUCAAAGUCAGGACACCUCAGGAGAGAAACAAAGAAUGAAAUUUUCUGAUUUUUAUGAUGGCGAUCCAACAGCGGCUGAACCCCUAAAUCAAGAGAGUCUUGUGUCCUUCGAGGAGGUGGCUGUGUAUUUCUCUGAGGAGGAAUGGUCUCAGCUGGAUCCUGCCCAGAAAGCGCUUCAUUCGGAAGUCAUGCUUGAAAACCAUCGGAACGUGGUCUCUCUGGGUAAUAAUAGUCAGAAGAAUCAAGAUUCCUGUGAACUAUUCCAAGUGAUCAAUGCUAAAGAUGGAACAGAGAAGUUUGGAAUUCGAAUGGAAUUAGAAACCCAUGAUAGAAACCAGUCAAAUGAUAGGAAUCAGGAAAGCUCAUCUUCCGCUAAUGCUCUGAUACAAAACUUUCAUGCCGAACAGGAGAAAAUAAGGAAAAAAUAUAUUGGGAAAAGUUUGAAGCCAAUCAAAGCUAAAUUACUAGUAAAAGAACACUAUUUAAGCCAAAAUGAAGGAGAAGAUGAUAUAAGAAGACACAACGGAAAAAGUUACAAUGUGACAUUCAUUCCUUCUCUUGGAAAUAAGUUCCUUACACCUCAAAAAAUGAUUGACGCAAAAGUAAAGCCUUAUCAAUGUUUGGAAUGUGGAACAUGUUUUAGAACAAGCAGGCAACUUACUUCCCAUGAAAGGACUCACACUGGGGAGAAGCUAUACAAAUGCAGAGAGCCUGGUAACAGGUUCAGAAGACUUAGUAAUCUUAUUUCCCAUAAAAGGAUCCACUCAGGAGAGAAACCGUAUAAAUGCAUGGAGUGUGGAAAGACCUUUGCUCAAAGAAAUACUCUUAUUUCUCAUAAGAGGAUUCACACAGGGGAGAAGCCGUAUAAAUGCAUGGAAUGUGGAAAGACCUUUGCUCAAAGUGGUCAUCUUAUUUGCCAUAAGAUGAUCCACAGAGAGGAGAAGCCAUAUAAAUGCAUGGAAUGUGGAAAGACCUUUGCUCAAAGAAGUCAUCUUAUUCGCCAUAUGAGGAUCCACACAGGGGAGAAGCCGUAUAAAUGCAUGGAGUGUGGAAAAACGUUUUCGACUAGCAGUGGACUCAAUUACCACAAUAAGCUCCACACAAGAGAAAAGUCCUAUAAAUGCAUGGAGUGUGGAAAGACCUUUGCUUGUAGAAGUCAUCUUACUCGCCAUAAGAUGGUCCACACAGGGGAGAAGCCAUAUAGAUGCAUGGAGUGUGGAAAGACCUUUGCUCAAAGAGGUCAUCUUACUUCCCAUAAGAGGAUCCACACAGGGGAGAAGCCGUAUAAAUGCAUGGAGUGUGGGAAAACGUUUUCGCGUAGCAGCGGACUCAAUAAGCACAAUAAGCUCCACACAAGAGAAAAGUCCUAUAAAUGCAUGAAGUGCGGAAAGACCUUUGCUGAUAGUAAUGUACUUACUAUCCACAAGACGAUCCACGCAGGGGAAAAGCCAUUUAAAUGCAUGGAGUGCGGAAAGACCUUUGCUUAUAGUAAUGUACUUACUAUCCACAAAAGGAUCCACACAGGGGAAAAGCCAUUUAAAUGCAUGGAGUGUGGAAAGACCUUUGCUCAAAGAGGUCAUCUUAUUCGCCAUAAGGUGAUCCACACAGGGGAAAAGCCAUUUAAAUGCAUGGAAUGUGGAAAGACCUUUGCUGAAAGAUGUAAUCUUACUUCCCAUAAGAGGAUCCACACAGGGGAGAAGCCAUAUAAAUGCAUGGAGUGUGGGAAAACCUUUUCGCAUGGCAGUGGACUCCAUAAGCACAAUAAGAUCCACACAGGGGAGAAGCCGUAUAAAUGCAUGGAGUGUGGGAAAAUGUUCAGAAGUCGUAGUAAUCUUAUUUUCCAUAAAAGGAUCCACAUGGGGGAGAAGCCAUAUAAAUGCAUGAAUUGUGGAAAGACAUUUGCUUGGAAGAAUGGUCUUACUUGCCAUAACAAAAUCCACACAGGAGAGCAAACAUAUAAAUGCACGGAGUGUGGAAAGACCUAUGCUCAUAGCAGUGGACUUGCUGUUCACAAAAAGCUCCACACAGGAGAGGAACCGUAUAAAUGCAAGGAGUGUGGAAAGACCUUUGCUCGAAGAGAUAUACUUAUUUCCCAUGAGAGGAUCCACACAGGGGAGAAACCAUAUAAAUGCAUGGAGUGUGGAAAGACCUUUGCUCGAAGAGAUAAACUUAUUUCCCAUGAGAGGAUCCACACAGGGGAGAAACCAUAUAAAUGCAUGGAGUGUGGAAAGAUCUUUGCUCGGAGAGAUAAUCUUAUUUCCCAUAAGAGGAUCCACACAGGGGAGAAGCCAUAUAAAUGCAUGGAGUGUGGAAAGAUCUUUGCUCGGAGAGAUAAUCUUAUUUCCCAUAAGAGGAUCCACACAGGGGAGAAGCCAUAUAAAUGCAUGGAGUGUGGAAAGAACUUUGCUCGAAAAGAUCAACUUAUUUCCCAUAAGAGGAUCCACACAGGGGAGAAGCCAUAUAAAUGCAUGGAGUGUGGAAAGAACUUUGCUCGAAAAGAUCAACUUAUUUCCCAUAAGAGGAUCCACACAGGGGAGAAGCCAUAUAAAUGCAUGGAGUGUGGAAAGAACUUUGCUCGAAAAAAUCAACUUAUUUCCCAUAAGAGGAUCCACACAGGGGAGAAGCCGUAUAAAUGCAUGGAAUGUGGAAAGACCUUUGCUCAGAGCAGUGGAUUUACUAUGCACAAAAAGAUCCACACAGGUGAGAAAUUGUAUAAAUGCAUGGAGUGUGGAAAGACAUUUGCUCAGAAAGGUAAUUUUACUUCUCAUAAAAGGAUCCACGCUCGGAAGAAAAUAUAUAGUAAUAGCAAUUCCACUUAGACUUAUAUACCACUCCACAAUGCUUUUACAGCAUUCUCUGAGCAGUUUACAAAGUCAACAUAUAGUCCCCAGCAAUCUGUGUCCUCAUUUUACCCACCUCAGAAGGAGAAAGCUGAAUCAACCAUGACACUGUCAGCAUCAAACUCCUGGCUAUGGGCACUUAGCAUAUAGUACUGCAUUCUAACCACUGACCCACCAUGUCUCUAUAUUUUUAUCUGUAUGCAUAUUGUGCCUUUCUGAUCCAAAUGAGAGAAGGUUGAAUCCAACAAAAUGAAAUUUAAUGUGGAGAAAAGUAAGAUUGUACACCUCGGCAGGAAAAGCAGAUUACCUGAAACCUCGCUCAAAAAUAGUAACUAUGAAAGGGUCCUUGGAGUCCAAAUGGAUGAUAACUUAAGCAUGAAUUCCCUGUGUGCGGCAGCAGCUAAAAAAGCGAAUACAAUCCUUGGUUGUAUAAACAGAGGCAUAAAAUCAAAAACACAUGAAGUGUUAGUAUGGCUUCAUAAAGCCUUAGUAAGACCAUACCUGGAAUACUGGUGUGGAAUACUGGUGUGGAAUACCUGGAAUACUGCAAUCUGUUUGGGUCAUCACAUCACCAUUCCUAGGAG